CCGCACGUAGCUCAAGCGCAUCCGGGGCAGCCAGCCGCUUCCCGAAGUGGCGGCGCCUGCGUGGGUCGGAGCCGCCGCACACGUGGGGACGGUCCGCGGCUGGCUGGCUCGCUCUUCCCGGGUCCUCUGCGCCGCCCGGGCGAGACGAUGGGCAAAAGCAAGCCCAAGCGGGUCCGCAAGUCGCCCUUUUCUCCGGCGGGCAACGCCACCGAGCCGGAGGGGGAGGCCGCAGGAGGGGAAGGCUGCGCGGCCGCGGAGCUGCUGGAGAAGCUUCAGCACCACAGCGCGGACAUGAGGGAAUUUGCCUGUGCCAGCAUUUCUAAGCUCCUGCAGCAGAAACAGACGAUCCCAGCCUUUGUGCAGAGAGAUGUUGUCCGAUGUUUGGGUCCCUUGCUGCUCGACAAAAGCCUAGUGGUUCGAGAGACAGCGGCAGGCGCUCUCCGAAAUCUCAGCGCUUGUGGAGGGUUUGACGUUUGUGAUGACAUGGUCACUAAAGAUGUGAUGACUCCCCUUGUUGCUCUGCUGAAAGAGUGCCGGGCAGGACUUGAUGAGAACAACGGCUCCCUGAAGGAAAGCAAAGAGCUGAACAAGAAUUACAUUGAAGACAUUGCCAAUGAGGCAGUUCACCUGCUGUGGAACAUCUGCGAAUGCAACGGUACGGCCGUGUCUAUAUUCAAUAGAGAAGGAUGUUUGGAUAUCAUGCUGCAGUUUCUGAAGAGGUUUCAUACAAACCUGGGCCUGGCUAUUGCAGUGGCGUUCUGCUUACAGACGGUGACGGAAGAUAACUCGGACUUGCUUUCAUCCUUUGAUGCUUCUGCACGCCAGGUGUUGGAAAUGAUAAUAUUAUCAUCGGAUAAAACCAUGGAGCAUGUUCUCUUGCAAACACUGGUGGCAGGUGUUACAUGGAACAUAAAAAACACUCUACCUUCUGGUCACCAGGCGAGCACUGUGAAUGCCAUCCUGAAGGUUCUCUCAGAAUGUUUAGCAAUAGAUGCGGGCGAGGUGGUUAUUCGGAUGAAGGAAGUGGAAGCAGAAAGAUUAAAAACCUCUGUGGAGCCGGGAGCUGAGGCAAAUGCGGGUGAUGGAGGCAACACAGUCCUUAAGGAGGUUGAGGAGAUGGAGGAAAUGCCUAAAAGGACCACCAGGAGCAAAAAUGACAUUUCAGAUCUACUUCCUCGCAGCAAGCAGGAACUGAAAGAAGCAUCAGCUUUACUUCUGGCACAGCAGACAGCCCUGGAAAUCAUUGUAAACAUGUGUUGCAAUGAAGACCCCUCGGAUGAUGAGUGGGAAGAGCUGUCCAGUAGCGACGAGAGCGACACCUUCAUUGACAACAACUGUGAUGAAGGCGAGAAGCUGCUGUCUCCCCUGUGCCUUUCUGCUGAGGUCCACACAGCCCUUAUGAACCACCUUGUUCCAAAGAAGAUACUUGAAAAAACUGCUUUCCCUAACAGCACGGCUGUUGACAUCUGUACAAACAAUCCAGCCUGGAAGCCACUUAUUAAAAAGCUUAACAUGGUCCAGUACAGAGCCCUCACCUGCCUUCACAGCAUCUUGUUGGUGUCUGAUGUAGAUUGCCUUGGAGGAGCUUCAGUGCUACAGGCACUGGCACAGCAUCUGUCGCAGCUGAUCUUUUCUCAGCCAGAGUUUUCCAAACUGACGGAAUUUAUGGAAGCUGUAACCAGUGCUUUGAGGGCUCUCUUGCAGAUGUUGGCGUCUAAUAAUAUACCUCAGUGCAUAACUCCUGAGCAGCUCAUGACUUUGUGCGAAGUGGGUAUUCAUAGCAACAACGUUGGUGUUAGAGUCAAUGUCGUUAGCAUUCUAGGAAUCGCUGGCAGCGUGCUGGGAAAAGUAGAAGAUUCAGCUGAAACACUGAAGAUGAUUGGGAAAUUCCUCCUUGAAGUUGCAACCAAGGAUCUUUCCCUUGUGGUAGGAGGAGAAGCACUGGACGCCCUCUUCGACGUUUUCGCCGACGGGAAAGAAGCUGAAAAGGCGGCAGAGCAAAUUAAAUUGCUUUCUGCGCUUAAGGAGUUCCAGCCGGUUUUCAAGGCGCGGAUGCGGAAAGAAGGGAAAGGACUUUACAGCACGGAUCAGUUGUGCGUGCUUGACAAUGUGAAGCUGAAUUUAAGAAGAUUUAUUGCUUAUCAGGAGCAGUUGGAGAGAAAAAAAUAACUUUUGUAUAGUGAAAAGACUGCAGAAUUAUAUUUUUAAUUGUUGUGUUGCUCAGCAUUUUAGUCUGGAAUUAUAGCACCUUACAAUGACUGGCAGUGGGGAGAGGAGGGUGGUGGGUCUUCUUUUGAAGCUGAAUUUCUUAUGGAUAAGUAUAAUGGUUUAAGCCCCUGGUGGCGCAGUGGUAAAACUGCCGCCCUGUAACCAGGAGGUUACAAGUUCGAUCCUGACCAGGGGCUCAAGGUUGACUCAGCCUUCCAUCCUUCCGAGGUCGGUAAAAUGAGUACCCAGAAUGUUGGGGGCAAUAUGCUAAAUCAUUGUAAACCACUUAGAGAGCUCCGGCUAUAGAGCGGUAUAUAAAUGUAAGUGCUAUUGCUAUUGCUAUUGUGUGUGGGGGGGGAUGAUUGAUGCAGUAUUCAAGCUGAGUUUGGCAUCCAGAGAUGCCAUAUAAUUUGAUGUAAAGGAACCCUGUUAUUGGGUGGGGGGUGCAGAUAGUGGGGCACUGGGGACAUGAGAAUUGCAGGGUUAGGUUCCUGAGGCAGCGGGAUGAAAAAUGGACUGAAAUUGGAAGGGAAGUGUCCUUCCAUGUUCUGUGUGUCACCAGCUGUCCAGCAAUGCCCCCAAAGUUUUGUGUUUUUUUAAUUGUGAAAAAUUGUGUUCCUCCCUCCUUUAAAAAAAAAAAAAAAAGAGCCACAAAAUGGCUCCUGUGUUCAAAAUGGCGGACAUUUUCACCCAUCCUCAACCCAUGGAUAUACGAGUCUUAACCCUUUAAAUGCCUAUUUUUUCACAUCUACCGAGGUUGGGUGGCAAUUACCUGAUUGCAGAUACUCGAAACUGUGGGUGCCGGUUCUGUGAUUAAUGAGGUUCUCCUGUAGAUUCUUGUUCAGGCAUCACUAGGAGUCUCACUUAAGCAGGGUUCCAUGCACACUCCAUCUCCCUUCCCUGCAGGAGUGUCCACUCCCCAUCUUGGUUAAAAUAAGCCAGGGUGGGUUGAGUUGUCUGAAUUCACUGAUCUCAGUUUAUUCUCAUCUGCCUACUUCAAAUAAGUCAAGAUCCGUAACUUGCUUCAAACUUUGGGUACAGAUCUUGACUUACUUGAAGUAGGCUAAAAGAAACCAGGAUCUGUGAGUUGUCAUAAAAUAAACCUCGGUUUAUUUUAACCUAGAUGGGAAAUGGACCAUCACGGGAUGGGAAGGGGAAACACCUGCUCCCAAGGCUCAGAGACUUCAUACAGAGUCUGGCUUUAACGGAGGCUCUGCAUGACAGCUGAACCAGCCCUGUGUCAACGUUUGACAGAAUUUCCCCUUAAAUCAAGAUGGGGGAAAAUAAUUUGAACUCCUAAGUGCCACCCUUACAUUUCUUAUGAGCCAGCAGCAGCACACUGUAGGGGCCAGCCCUGCCUGGAACCAAAUAACCAUUUCAGUCCUGUGAGCAUCAGGUGUCCAGGUAAGCCAAUGCCGGGGAUGUUUCCUGUUUGAAGGCCUACUGUGGAUGUAAUGGCCCAAGGCAGGUUGAUGUGGAGUAGGUAGUGGAUUCCUUGUCCCUCCCCAUUUUCAGAGCUAAUCCUGGUGCAAUGUCAGGUCUGUACUGUCUUUAACAUUAGCCGUGGUAAGCUCAAGCCAGGGUUUGCAAAUACUCUUCUAACCAUGGUUGCAAACUCUAAUGUUAGCUCACCCUGGCUAACAGUAACAAGGGGAAAUCGCACAUAAGCCCUCCAGGGCACUUCCUCCUCUCUUAACCAUGGUUACAAUUGUAGGAUCAUAUCUCUACAGCACGGGUGUACAACUUUGGCCCUCCAGCUGUUGUUCGACUACAACUUCCAACAUUCCUGAUUAUGGGCCAACAGGCUGGGGAUGAUGGGAGUUGUAGUCCAACAACAGGACUCUGGAGGGCCAAAGUUGUGCAGCCCUGCUCUACAGAGUGUUUGUCUCUGACUUUACUGUCAUGAUGUAGAACUAUCCAUGUCCUUCAGGUAUAAAAUUAUCACGGACACAAACAUAAUAUGAACAGCUUAAUUCAUGCUGGAAAAUUAUUGAAAAGAAAGUAUACUUUUAUGUAGUUCUCUGUGGGAUCAAAUUCGCUGGUAAAGCAAUGCUUGCCAUACAGAAGGCCCCAAGUUCCCUCCCUGGCAGCAUCUCCAAGAGAGGGCUGAGAGAAAUUCCUGCCUGCAACCUUGGAGAAGCCACUGCCAGUCCGGGUAGACAAUACUGAACUCGAUGGACCAAUGGUCUGACUCUGUAUAAGGCAGCUUCCUAUGUUCCUAAGGUAAGCUGUUUUUGUACCAUUAAUGAAGACUGUGGAUUAGCCUCAAAUGGCUUGAGCCUUGGGACUGGCUUUGUGCCAUCUGUAUUGGCUAAACAUGCUGCAGAAGCACCCCAACUUACUUUCAGUGUAUGGCCUACUCUUUUUAGUGCCAAAGACCCGGAAGAUGAUACUUCAAAUUCCUAGGUGGCAGUGUUGGCUAUAUAGCUGCAACCAUCUGCUGGACUGAGAAAAUAUUGCAGCUUUUGUAGGUGUUUUGCCAGUUUUUGUCGAUAUUUGCCAAUACUGUAUCUUCUUCUCUAAGUGACAUGUUGCCCGGGAAUUUUCCAACCUUGGCUGUAUAAAUGAUCGAUUGCCAUUGACUUCUCCUGUUGAGCCAUCCCAAUAGUUGUGGCUGUUGUCACACUGCAAAAACCGCCCACACCUGUCACCUUGAAGUGUAUUUGCUGAACAGCCGGGGAAAUAUAGAUGGCACAAAAGCAGCCUCUUCUGCCUUCAGUUGCUUAAGGGAGUUGGAGUUUAUAAUUAACAGAAAGCAGAAAGGUAGCAGCCACAUUAAACAAGAGUCCUUUGGCAACAUUGAGGCUAAAAAGGGUUAUGAUAGAUGCUUCUGCAGGCAAGAGAUUACUACUUGGAGCAUCUGAUGGAGCAGGUAGGUCUUGCCUAUGGGCAAUUCCAAGGGUAACGGAAUCAAACAUGUUGCCAUUUUUAGUCUACUUGCCUUAAGGAAAGUAAGCUUAGGAGAUCACAUGACGUUCUGUGUGUAUCUCCGAUCAACUUCGCAAUCCCUGGACCAAUAUGAAUCAAACUGAGUACAGUUGUAGUGAGUGACACAUAGGGACACCUCGAUACUUUGUGAUCAAGUCAUCCACCCCAAUUCAAGAUGGCAGAUGCAUGAACGUUUGAGGAACAACUGGGCUAACUUUGAGGAUGGUAAUUACCAAGAUUAUAGAGAAUGGAAAGUAGGCAAAUUAGUUCUUACCAGAACAGCUUGUUUCAAUGGCUGUAGCUGUAAGAAUUGAUAUUAUUGAUCCACUAGCAAGAGGAUAUCUACUUUAAGCCCAUAUUUUUACAAAAUCAAAUGUUAUAGAUAGCGUAGGAACCAUGCAAAGCAUGUUUGUAAUGGAAUCAGGAUUUUUGGUUAUCAUUUCUGAUUCCGUUACUGGUGUAUUUUAAAUAUUUCAGACACUAUAAUAUCUAAAGGUUCUGUAAAAAUAUGGCCUUACAGUAGGAGAUGUUUUACCAGUGCGUGAGAAUAUAUAUUAUUGGCUUGAAAAAUUGCUUAUGGCUAAAGUCAUUGAAAAAGUUGUAAGAUGCUUGAUUCUGUUACCCUUGGAAUAUGCUCCUCUAAAGUCGAUACCACCAUACACUUGUCUGGAUGAAGUUUUGGUUUCUCUUUUGCUACACAGUAAGGUAAGGGGUUGGAAGCUCUGGGUGAGAGCGAAUUUCUUGGUCUGAUGGCUCCUUGUUGCUCUGUUUUGUUUGGGUACCCUGCUUCACAUCUGCUAUCCAGGCAGCAAGUGUAGCACUUAUGCCUGCUGACAGGUGCACCAUGUAUGUGUGCAGCUUGGGAGAUUGCAUCACAGAGGAGUGGAGGCUUUUGGAUGGUCAUGCCUUGUUGCAUGCUGUGCGCCAGCCACACCUGGAUCCUCUGUAAACAAAGCAGGUUUGUACUCUUAACAGUACAAUUCUGUGCACGUUUACUCAGCAGUAAAUCCUGUUAUAUUCAGUGGGCUCACUCCCAGGUAAGUGUGCAGUGUUACUACAUGCAGCCAAUAAUAUUGCAUUCUAAGGUGCCAAAAUUGCAAGAAAAUAAAAUAAUCUCUGGUAUUUGCCUCUGUUUACAGUUCACAACUUUAUAUAGCACAGAUGAUUUCUCUAUUGUCUUGAAGAUGGUGUAUUAGGAUAAUACAGUAGUUAAGGAAGUAUGUUUCCCAGUUUAUUUUUUCCAAACAGAAUUGAUUUGCAUUUUUUUAAAAAAAUCAAAAAGCAAUGUGACCACAGCGUGUUGGUUUUUUGUUUCUAAUGAGCAAUCUGAUGUUUGAAAUGGAAGGGUAAAAUAAAUCACAUCAAUUGCA